CAAAUCAUCGGAUGGUUGUUGGUUUGCAUGUUACUCCCGGAAACCACCAUGUUCCGUUUGCUCACAAAAAAACCUUGUUGAUUUCAAGCUCUGUUCUCUCCCGCCAUAUUCUCCUCCGCACCGGCUCACCGCACCACCGCAGUUAAUCCGCCGUACCACCUCCUACAUCGUACAACGUUCUGAAGCUAGUGUUCACGCGAGAACUCGAAUUCCGUGAACGAUUACUCCGAUCGUUCAAGUUCUAGGUCUCAAAUUCAUCGAUUAAGGUAUUCUUUGGACAGAUUGGUACCUUGCGUUAAUUGCGGGACUUUGUUUUCAGUUUGAAGGUGAUAUUUGAGAAGUUUAGAAUUGCAAGAUGGAAGGUAGACAGUCAACUGGUAUCGACACUGACAAGAAAAAGUGCGCGCACUGUCGUGAAAUGUAUCCCUUUCGAUACAUUAUGUCACAUGAAGUGCUUUGCAAGGCCAAUCCUGCCAACCAGUAUUUUUUGGGACUCCAGGCCAUUCCCGAACUACGCCAGUUCAUUCCCAACUUACGUGAAAGACUUCGUGAAAGACAUGACCCUGCACCUGUGCUCAUCGAAGAUGAAGGUAGCAAUCUGAUAACAUCCUCCCCAGACCCCGUGAAAGAAGCACUCUCUUUCACGGCGGAGCUGCUAGUGUUAGAUGAUAGUUUUACACAAGGGCCGCAGCAGUACCUCUGUACUGUUCAGGAGGCCAAAUUUACUGUUGUGGUGUCGUCAAUGAAUCGCAAAGACUCUUCUCUCACCCUAAAAGCGGGUGAUAUGGGGAUUGCUGUGUUCGUCGUUUGUGAACCAGCAGUGGCCGGCCAUGGGACGCAUUACCAUACAUGGCAAAUUUGAAAACAAAUUGCUGGCAGUUGGUGUGAUAACCUCUGUUGAAACAGAACUCGUUGAUAUAGUACCUCGUCACAUAGCUCUAUCUUUGGCUAAAGUGAAGUCAACCACUCUUCCUAUAAGUGGAGCAACACUUCCCAAGCACAGGUAAAUGCUUCAAUUGCUGAUGGCUUCAUUUAGAUUGCUUGUUAAAAAACAGGCAUUAUACUUGAAUGAGAUACCAAGGUUUUCAGGUGCAAGUGUUAGUGUGGAUUUGUUAUCCCAUGUUAAAAUUUUUUAAAUGUGGUAGAUACCAUGUGUAAGUAGAAGUUGCUGGUUUGAUGAUGUCUGGAUUUGGAUUGCUUAAUAGAAAACAUGCAUUAUA